GCCCCCCUCCCCAACGGAAAAAAAGGAUCCACCGAAAAUAGGAAAAAAUCAACGAAAAAGAGGGGGUUAAAAAAAACAACAAGCCACCGAGCCCCCCCGUCGCCAGCCCCGGCUCGGCUGUGGGGCGGCUGAGCGCGGCCGGAGCCCGACGGCGCGGGCGCACGGUGGAGCCCCCCCGGGAGCCGCGCUCCGGCCCCGCCGCCCCCCGCCCGCCGCCCCCCGCCACCGCCACCAUGAACAAGCUUUACAUCGGGAACCUAAACGAGAACGUGACUCCGGCCGACUUGGAGAAAGUCUUCACCGAGCACCAGAUCUCCGUGAGCGGCCCCUUCCUGGUCAAGUCGGGCUAUGCCUUUGUGGACUGCCCCGACGAGCAGUGGGCCAUGAAAGCCAUCGAAACUUUUUCGGGCAAAGUGGAGCUUCAUGGAAAACAGCUAGAGAUUGAACAUUCAGUACCUAAAAAGCAAAGGAGCCGGAAAAUUCAAAUCCGAAACAUCCCGCCCCAGCUGCGAUGGGAGGUUCUGGAUGGUUUGCUAGCCCAGUAUGGCACCGUGGAGAACUGUGAGCAAGUGAACACGGACAGCGAGACGGCCGUUGUCAACGUCACCUAUGCCAACCGGGAGCAGACCAGGCAAGCCAUCAUGAAGCUGAACGGGCACCAGCUGGAGAACCACGCGCUGAAGGUCUCCUACAUACCCGACGAGCAGUCGGCGCAGGGGCCGGAGAACGGGCGGCGGGGCGGGUUCGGGGCGCGGGGCGCUCCCCGACAAGGCUCCCCUGUCACCGCGGGAGCUCCGGCCAAGCAGCAGCCCGUGGACAUCCCCCUCCGCCUCCUGGUGCCCACCCAGUACGUGGGGGCCAUCAUCGGCAAGGAAGGGGCCACCAUCAGGAACAUCACCAAGCAGACACAGUCCAAGAUUGAUGUGCACCGGAAAGAAAACGCGGGAGCUGCCGAAAAAGCCAUCAGCAUCCACUCCACCCCCGAGGGCUGCUCCGCCGCCUGCAAGAUGAUUCUGGAGAUCAUGCAGAAGGAGGCGAAGGACACCAAGACAGCUGAUGAAGUGCCUCUGAAAAUCUUGGCCCAUAACAACUUUGUGGGGCGCCUGAUUGGCAAAGAAGGGCGGAACUUGAAGAAAGUGGAGCAGGACACGGAGACAAAAAUCACCAUCUCAUCCCUGCAGGACCUGACCCUGUACAACCCCGAGCGGACCAUCACGGUGAAGGGCUCCAUCGAGAACUGCUGCCGCGCCGAGCAGGAGAUCAUGAAGAAAGUGCGGGAAGCCUAUGAGAACGACGUGGCCGCCAUGAGCCUGCAGUCUCACCUCAUCCCUGGCCUGAAUCUGGCGGCGGUCGGGCUCUUCCCGGCCUCGUCCAGCGCGGUUCCUCCGCCACCGAGCAGCGUCUCCGGCGCCGCACCGUACAGCUCCUUCAUGCCGCCGGAGCAGGAGACCGUGCACGUCUUCAUCCCCGCGCAGGCGGUUGGCGCCAUCAUCGGCAAGAAGGGGCAGCACAUCAAGCAGCUCUCCCGUUUCGCAAGUGCCUCCAUCAAGAUUGCCCCCCCGGAGACGCCGGACUCCAAAGUGCGCAUGGUCGUCAUCACCGGCCCCCCCGAAGCUCAGUUCAAGGCGCAGGGCCGGAUUUACGGGAAGCUGAAGGAGGAGAACUUCUUUGGGCCGAAGGAAGAAGUGAAGCUGGAGACACACAUCCGUGUCCCCGCCUCGGCCGCCGGCCGCGUCAUCGGCAAAGGCGGCAAAACCGUGAACGAGCUGCAAAACCUGACGGCGGCCGAGGUGGUGGUGCCACGGGACCAGACCCCUGACGAGAACGAGCAGGUCAUCGUCAAGAUCAUCGGGCACUUCUAUGCCAGCCAGAUGGCUCAGCGCAAGAUCCGCGACAUCCUGGCACAGGUGAAGCAGCAGCACCAGAAGGGACAGAGCCAGACGCAAGCGCGGAGGAAAUGAGAGCGGCUCCCGGGAGCGCCGAGCAGCCAAGGCCGGGCUUAAGAGUGGAUGGGAAUCAGUUACCGUAGACAGAUGAUACUUUUUUCAUUAACCGAGAUUAAAAGGCAGUUUGAUUGGCUUCCCAGGUAGAUGCUAGGGUAAAAAACUUAAAGAAAUUGGGUCCUUUUUUAGCUCCACGUGCCAGGGCAGCUACUGAAAUGGAGUGAGAGGUGCCGCUCGGGGCCCCUCUCAGGCACAGAAUUUGCCCCGAAUUUCAGUUGCCUUUGGGGUCCCAUCGCAGCCCCAACCUCUCCGCAGCUGCUGGACGUUCUCACAGCCAUGUGCGGCCUUUGGAGCUUCUCGUUUUGAUUUGUUUUUUUACCUAUUUUAUUUGUUUUUUUCCCCAAGACAAAUUCCAGUGGAUUCUUACCAACCCCUGUUGAUAACAAGAUCCAGUGCAGGGGGGAAAAAUAGAUAAAACCCCAGGACAACACCUCUGUUUUCCAGGAUGUUUUUUUUCUCUUUUGGGUUGUUUGAAUGUUUCUUUUCAUUUUAGGUCAAAGAAAUACUUUUUUUUUAACGUUAAGCCUAUGAAAUGAUGUCGGAAACAGGACAGGUGACUCUUUCUCAGUGAUUUCUGCUGUGGAGGAGACGACCCAUCCUAGAGACGAGGUGAAGUGUCCGGGGCAGGGACGAGCUGCUGCUUUUCCCUCCUCCCAACAGCAAUAAACCAGCACCAAAAGCACCCAACAGAGAAGCAAAGAACCCCCUGCUUGGUAGGAAAUACUGAAUUAAUCUGGUUAAUAAUUGGAUUAUGGUAACUCCGUGCAUGCAGAAGUGCCACAGAGCCUCCAAGGGCUCAGCCAUGGGGAAUUACAGGUUGUUUUUCAGAAGACACCCAGGGAGUAUUUUUAUUAACUCCCCUGGGGCAAUUUGUGUCUUAUUUCCCCUCUCCAAAUCUCUUCUAGGUGGGGGAAAAAUUGUCUUGAAACUGGGCACAUUUUUGCUAGUUUAUAAACACUUUUUAAAAGGCAACCAAGCACCACUCUCCUUUCUGCGGUAAGAACAACUGUUCUCAUGAGCCGAUACCAAAUAUAUACGUCAGCCGAAUGUAAUACGGUCACUGAUUCCCGUCACUCUUACGUGGAUUUUAUAUUUUAGAUAUAUUUUAAUGGUUUGUUUUUAAUAUUGAGGAUUUGGCAGGGACAGUAACUGCUGCCACCGCCUCUCCCGGGCAGGCGAAGGGCUCGUCUCCCCGCGCUUUUCUGCUGCAAAUCCAGCCCAAAUACGGAUUUACACUGAUUUUCCUGCAAAUCGGGACGGGAGGGUGGCAAAGCCAAACUGGGAUUCAUUUAGGAGGAGAGGGACGGUGCUGGAUCCCGCACGGGAGCCGCUUUGGGGCUGAAAGGAGGGGAUUUGGAACAAGCCUCGCACUGAUUUAACCCUUAUUUUCCCAAACGGGGACCAGCCCCCCCCAUCCCGGCUCGAGCGGCGUUUUCCCGGAGCCAAACCCGGCUGGAAAACGCGGCUCCGGGGUCGGUGCCGAGGGACCGCGGCCGCAGUUACUGUCCCCAAACCGCCGCGACGCCGGGGAGAUGGGGGGGCGGGGAUUGCUGUGUGUGAGCAACGAGAGGAGAAAAACAGGCAAAAAAGCAAAAAAAAGAAGAGAAAAGGAAAAAAAAAAAGCUACCUCAAGGUAUGAAGUUACCUCAGCAAUUGAUUUUUUUUAUUUUGUUUUUUUUUGUUUUGUUUUUUUUUUUUUUCGGGGGGCUUGCUGAUAUUUUAUAUAAAAGCUGAUAGUCUUGAAUAUUUUAUUUUUUUAAUGAAAAGAGAAGUUAAGUUUCAUAAUUUCUUAUGAGCCAGGAGUUAUGUGCAGGUAACCAGGUGUUAUGAGCUCUCUAUGGAGAACGACAGGGAUUUCAGCCAUAGUGGAAAAGGUGGCGGCGGCGGCUGCUUUUUGGGGCCUUUUCACGCCAGUUCAUGAGUUUCACCAGCACACAAGAGCUGUUGGGUGGCGCGACUCUUCGAGCCCUUGGACAUAUUGGAGCCCACCAACUUUUGCAAUUGGUAGAACCCAACUUCUUUCUUUUUUAAAUGAAAUUUGAAACCAAAACAAACCGACCCAAACGUGCCACUGGCUGAAAGGCUUUUUCUCUCCAACUCCAUUGAGUAAUCAGAUUUCGAAAGAGCUUUGAGAUCAGGAACGUUCCGCUCCGGGACUACGGGGACUAUGCAAAGUGGGGGACGCGGGGUUUGCUGGGAUUUAAACCGCACCAGCUCAGGCCGUUUAUUUGCUAACACUUGGAAGCCAUAUAUAUAUAUGUACAUAUAUGUAUAUAUAUAUUUAUAUAUAUAUAUCUCCGAACCCAGAUGGAUCGGCCUCCCGUGUUGCCGCGGGGGCAGCGUCAAACCAUCUUCUCCACUAUGAUGCUGUGACGUGUUUUACAGAGAUUUGCCUCCGUUUUACCGAGGAUAAGCGAUUAAAAACAAGAAAAGGAAAAAAAAAAAGUGAGAAAGAGAGAGAGAAAAAGGAACGGGAACCAAGUUUUGUUUCCUGCAGCCGCAUAAGGAGGCACAGGGAGGGCGAGCCCAGCCCAGCACUGCCCCUCUCUCCUGCUCCAAAGCAUUCACAGGCUUGGUUUGACUUGUUUCUAAGUCCCAUCUGGCUAUUUUCCACUAUACCCACAGGAAAAAGACCCUAUUUUUGAGCAUUAUUUAUAAAGAUGCGAAAUCCAGCGGUGGUGCAGUGAUUGUCGGGGUGGGGGGGCGCUACCAUUCCACCCCCUGCAUUGCACCCGUUGCCACCGGGACAGAAACAUUGACCCUUUUAUCCCAGCAAAGUGGGGUCAAAGGAGCAAAAUUGGGCUUGGCAGCUCCUGCCCCUCGCUGGGCUUUUCCUCUUCUAAUUUUUUAAUCAAGGAAGAGCGGCAAUUAACCUUGGGGAAAAAAAAACAACAGUUAAUUACUUGAAAUCUCUGUCUCCUUUUUUUUUUCCUCAGCCUUGCACAGAACUGUAUUCAGACAUCGGUGAUUAUAAUUGUCCUUUCCAACAGCAAGCGUUUUUUGAUAACUGGUUCAAACUGUAUCAUUGAGGGAUAAAAAAAAAACACCAUGAAAACCACCCCAAUCCCACCCGAGCGCCCCCCCGUCCUGUCCAUCUGCUUGUUGCGGUGAGAUUUGACCUAAAAUCCGGUGAUUCAGGGAAACCUUUGGUGCUUCCCCCCCCCCACGCUGGUCCUGCUGCCCCAAGGUAGAAGCGGUCGGUGCUUUUUUGGGGGGGAAUCUCUUUUUCCCAAGGGAAAUUAUUUAUAUAAAGUGAUUUGCAGUAAGGAACCCGCCUCCGAGCAUCUCCCGUCUUUCUCUGGUGCUGAGCUGGGAAGAGGGACACUGGGAUGGACUGGGAUGAACUGGGAUGUGGGUGGGUGAGGUGGGGGCAGCAGAUGCAGGUGAGUUCUGGAUCAGGCCUUGGGGGGAAAAGCAGAAAAACCCCUCUAAAAACCCCAAAAUGAGCAGGAGGGACGCCCGGCCCCGCCGCUGCUCUUUGCACCCCAAUAAACAGUGAUUUGGGGGAACCCCCACCUUGAAUUUAUCCCAGUGGAAAGAAUUCUGGGUUGAUUUUUUUCAGUUUAAUUUCAUUUUCCCCCCCCAAAUCAAGGAGCAGCCCCAGGGGGGCUGGAAACAUCCAUGGGGAGGGGGGUUGACGUGGGGCAGGGGAACAAUGGGGCUCUGCUGGGGGGUUGUGGGCAGCCAAAGCACUUCUGUGCCUCAGUUUCCCCCCCCGGGUGCCCCUUGGGGCCGUGUCCCCUGCAAAGCGUCACCGGGAUGAGCAGCUGCCAUGCGGGGGGGCUGGGAUUUGGGGGUUCACCUCGUUUGAACGCUCUCGGUGUCUCCUCUUGCCGUUCAGCUGGAGAAAGAGGGAAAAACCCCCCAGAUGGCGGGUGCUGCUUGUGACCCCCCAGCCCUUCCGUGGAGUCCAUCUAGAGGAAAUAUUGCCAAGAACCUGCCUCUGAGCGACAUUCUAUGACAUUCUAUGUUUCCUGGGCAUUAGGUUUGGGGUUUGUUUUUAUUUUUUUAAGCACAUUAAAAGAAAAAAGCAGUAAAAGUCAGAUAGUGAAUCGAUGCUGGGAAAAAAGAUCUUUUUAAUGCUUAGCUCCAACUAUUUUGAGUGCUUUCUAGACUUAAAAUAAACUCAGAAAUGCAGACUUGCUUGUAGGCAGACAUUUUUCUUUUUAUCGAUGUAGACCUUCCCUCCCUGCCCCUUGGUGCUCCACACAACAUGGGCUUGUGAUAUUUUUGGAACUUUCUUGUUUUCAGAGAAUUUAGUAACCAAGGUGUUUGUUGUGGUUGUUUUUUUGUUUGUUUGUUUGUUUUUGGUGUUUUUUUCCCAUUUUCCAUUUAUUUUUCUAUUGUAUCUUCUCGUUUUGCGUGGGUGAAGCCAGUGUAACCCCAUGAUCCAUGUGCUCACCUGAGCGGCACAGACACCAGACCAGGCGCCGGCUCCAGCGCCUGCUCGGGCUGGGGUUGCAGGAUUAAUUUGGGAUUGAUUAAUUUGGGAUGCCUGACGGUAGCUCCGCAUCCGCAGUGCAUGGGGAGGAGAGAGAUGUGUCCCCAUUCGGUCAAAUCAGCCUUUUUUAAACUAAUUUGUGAUUGUGGAUGAGAUCCAGAGCGGAGCAAAAACAGCCAGAGGCUCUUAAAUCAUGAUUAUUUUUAUUUUGGAGGCCGUGCAGGUGCUGUGAGCAGGGAACGUGCAUGUGCAAACUACCUCAGAGCUGGCGGGAAGCCUGGGGCUGGACGGGGGAUGCUCUGCUGGACCACAGCGGGAUGCUGUGCCUGUGGGAUGCUGUGUCUGUGGGAUGCUCUGCUGGACCACAGUGGGAUGCUGUCCUGGACCGUGGUGGGAUGCUGUGUCUGUGGGAUGCUGUGCCCCUGGGAUGCUCUGCUGGAUCACAGUGGGAUGCUGUGCCCAUGGGAUGCUGUGCUGGACCGUGGUGGGAUGCUGUGUCCAUGGGAUGCUGUGCCCAUGGGAUGCUGUGCUGGACCGCGGUGGGAUGCUGUGUCUGAGGGAUGCUGUGUUAGACCACAGCAGGAUGCUGUGCCCAUGUGAUGCUCUGCUGGACCACAGUGGGAUGCUCUGCUGGACCGCAGUGGGAUGCUGUGCCCAUGGGAUGCUGUGCCCAUGGGAUGGAGUGCUGAACCGCGGUGGGAUGCUCUGCCCGUGGGAUGCUGUGCCCAUGGGAUGCAGUGCUGAACUGCGGUGGGGUGCUGUGCCCAUGGGGUGCUGUGCCCAUGGGGUGCUGUGCCCAUGGGGUGCUGUGCUGGACCGUGGUGGGAUGCUGUGCCUAUGGGGUGCUCUACUGGACCACAGUGGGAUGCUGUGUCCAUGGGAUGCUGUGCUGGACCGUGGUGGGAUGCUGUGCCCAUGGGAUGCUGUGCCCAUGGGAUGCUGUGCUGGACCGCAGUGGGAUGCUGUGUCCAUGGGGUGCUGUGCCCAUGGGAUGCUGUGCUGGACCGCGGUGGGAUGCUGUGCCUAUGGGGUGCUCUGCUGGACCACAGUGGGAUGCUGUGUCCAUGGGAUGCUGUGCUGGACUGUGGUGGGAUGCUGUGCCCAUGGGAUGCAGUGCCCAUGGGAUGCUGUGCUGGACCGCAGUAGGAUGCUGUGCCCAUGGCAUGCUGUGGUGGACUGCGGUGGGAUGCUGUGCCCGUGGGAUGCUGUGCCCGUGGGAUGCUGUGCUGGACCGCAGUGGGAUGCUGUGCCCAUGGGGUGCUGUGCCCAUGGGAUGCUGUGCUGGACCGCGGUGGGAUGCUGUGCCUAUGGGGUGCUCUGCUGGACCACAGUGGGAUGCUGUGUCCAUGGGAUGCUGUGCUGGACUGUGGUGGGAUGCUGUGCCCAUGGGAUGCUGUGCCCAUGGGAUGCUGUGCUGGACCGCAGUAGGAUGCUGUGCCCAUGGCGUGCUGUGCCCGUGGGAUGCUGUGCUGGACCGCGGUGGGAUGCUGUGCCCGUGGGAUGCUGUGCUGGACCGCGGUGGGAUGCUGUGCCCAUGGGGUGCUGUGCCCAUGGGAUGCUGUGCUGGACCGCGGUGGGAUGCUGUGCCCGUGGGAUGCUGUGCUGGACCACGGUGGAGCGGUGGGUUAUGAACUGUGGAAAGCAUUUGGGUGCUGCAGAUCAGCACAAGCCAACAGCAAAGGUUUUAUUUUUGCCUAAAAAACAAAAGGAAUCUCUGGGAGGUGGAUGUGUGCCAGAGCGUGUGCCAGAGCUGAGGCUCUUUGUUCUGGCCUGGUUUGGGAACAGGCUCUGCAAAGUGACACCAGGUCCAGCAGCGGGGACAGGGGACAAGGAUCGUGUGGGGCUCACCAGGCACUCCCGUCAUCUUGGGAAACCGGUGGGAUUGCCUGGAAUCGGGGCAGAAGGUGCUCUUUCCAACGGCUGUCAUUGAUGCGAGCGUUCGUUACCCAGCAGUUAAUUGCAUCGGUUCAUUCCAAAUGCAUCCGGAUUCACCUUGGGAUCAAAUUCCUCAACUUCAGGAGGAAAUCCGGCCCCAAACCGUGACCCCCGCAUCACUGCCACCUCCAUCGGCUCCUGCACUGACGGAACCCGCAGGUUUUUUGGUGGCGAAACCCGGAAUUUUCCUGAGCGCCCGGGGGUCCCGCGGCACCUCAGACCUGAUCUGUAACCAAUUCCGGUUUGUUUAUCUACCUCUUAGCGCCAGUAGAUAAAACCCAGAUAGGGGCAGCUCCACAGGCUGUAGUUUAGGGGGAAAAUAAUAAAUUACUCUCUUUUUCCAAAGAAAAAUGUUCUUUAAAAAUAGAACUUAUGGGCUUUCUUUUCACUUUAAAGCGGUCAUUAGUUGUGAAAGCUCCAGACCUCAGCAGUCUGAAAUGUUUGGUUGUGACUAAUGUUUUGGUGUGUUUUCUUUUUGUUUUCUUUAUGCGCAGUCUUCCAUUUCUUUAUAUUAUUUUUUCCUUUGGAACAUGGGUGUUCACUUCUCCCAUCAGCAGUUCACCCCCAUCCUCCUCGCUCCCCCGGCCCCUCAGGGCUGAACCCCAUUUUUUUGCUGGGGAAAAUGCAAUCAGUGUUUUUCAUUUUGUUCUUGUUUUCCCCAGAAACCUUUUUGGGGGCAGGACAGCGGCAGAACGAGGGGGGGUGACAGAGCCAAAUUUGGGGGCCGCAUCACCCCACACCCCAACCCCAGGAGCACCCAGCACCUCCCCACCCAUGGGAGACCCCCCCAGACAAGUUCGGGCUAUUCAGAAAACAAAGAUAUAAAAAUCAUACUUUCCUGUAAUGAUGUUGUUUUUCCUCUUUUCAGCUCAUUUGUUUCUUUUCCACCUUUCCCCCCCUCCUCUCUUGCCUCUUUAAUCCGUGUUCUCCCUGGCUGUGGAUGGGGGGGUGGAGUUUGGAUGGAUGGGGGCUCCACUUUUCUUCCAGACAGGUUGAUUCUUAUUUUUUUGGCCACAAGCCGCUUUUCUCCACUGUUUCAUUUUUUUUUUAAAUAAAGAGGGAAAAAAAUAA